CCGGCUCGCGGAAUAGGUAUUUGACACAGUCGCCCGGGUUUUCACAUUCGAGUAGGACCGAUCGCAAAAAGUAUUUUCUAUCUGUUUCAAUAGUUGGACAUAAUACCAUCGGAAAGGGAGAAUAUUGAAAAAUAACAAUGAGUGGACCAUUCAAACGAAGGCCUUCUCUGAAGUCCCUUCCAGCCUUCAGCAUUCCUCCAGAUGCUAUUCGCAAAGCCUCUAUCAGAAGGGCCUCAGCUGUGGGCUUGGGUGUGAAACCAUCGCCUGCGACUCACCAGGAAGUGCCAUGGGAUAUGCUCGACCGAUGUACUCUCCCGAUUCUUUUUUGUCAUGCUACUGCUGUUAUCUUGAGCAACGCUUUGAACGUCCUGCACAUCUCAGAAGUAUCCACGUUCACCCUCUUCAUUUGGUUCACAAUAGUAACUAUUGGGGCAGUUCUGUUCUAUCAUAAUUUGAAGGUAACGGCGGCAGGGAAAGCUGUAUUGAUCACCGGUUGCGACUCCCGCAUUGGUAGCGCCCUCGCCCGACAGUUGGAUGAACAAGGAUUCACAGUUUUUGCAGGAUUCCAGAACGCUUCCGGGAAUGCCGCGGCAGAGGAACUGAAAGAAGAAUGCUCUGCGCGGUUACAUGUGCUUCAGCUAGAUGUCGCUUCCGAAAACCAGAUCCUCGCAGCUUCUCUCUAUGCCGUGGAGCAUCUUCCAGAUGGAGCGCCAGGUUUAUGGGCAGUAGUGCAUGCGCAAUCAUGGGUCGCUCUAGGGGAGAUUGAGUGGAUUCCUCCUCAGGUUAUCAAGAAAGCUGCUGACAUCAACUUCAUCGGACCUACUCGUGUCACACAGAUUAUGCUUCCUCUAGUUCGUCGUGCAAAAGGACGGAUCAUCGUCGUAACUUCGGGACUUUGCAGAGUGGCGUCCCCCGUUAGAGGCAUCCAUUGUGGUCUACUGGCAGCUCUCGAAGCCCAGGCAGAGUGUCUGAGGAAGGAACUAAGAAGUAGAGGAGUUGACGUAGUCGUCGUGGCCCCAGGGGAAUUGACUUCAGGAUCAUCGUGGCUGUCUGAUGAAACCAUUCUAGAACAGGCCAAGGACAUGUGGAAGCAACUUUGUCAAGAACAAAGACAGGAAUACGGAGAGGACUACUUCGAAAAAGCAAUUAGGAGUCUUGAAAAAUAUACUAAAACUCAGGAAAGUGACACAUCUCCCGUAUUGAGAGCUCUCAACGAUGCAGUUGUCCGCACUUUUCCUCUCAAGAAAUACACUCCUGUAUCCCGCAAAGAGAAAAUACAAGCCUUCAUUGCAGACCAUUUUCCCCGUUCUGUUUAUGACAUAAUAUACUCUUAAAUGUUCAUUUCCUUAAAGAAAAAUUAUCUAAUAUCAAAGAAAAGUGAUGAAUUUUUUGUGCUAGUAAGUUACAGUGUUAGAUUGUAUUUGUUUUGAAUUUCUGUAGGUUAUGCUUUGUCAGAGAGUUUUAGUGAAAGUCAGUUGAGUCUUUUUCAGGCAGUGACUACAUUUUGUUGAUGUAGAUAAUUGUAAGUGCUCUUAAUACUGUGAUUUAACCUGUUUACAUUCACAAAAGGAACUUUCAAAACAAUAGUAAUAUAUAUAAAUUUAUCUAAGCUGGCUGAAGGA